AUGCCAGAGAGUUCAUACCGCCCACUAGCCAUCCAGGGUUGUUCUAGUGAGUAUUCAGGCCAUCAGGGUCAGACUUCAGGACAGCAGUCUAUGGCACGGGGUUGUUAUGAGUGUGGGGAUUCGGGUCACAUGAAGAGAUUUUGUCCCAAACUUCGGGGCAAGACAGUACAGCAGGGUCAUCAGCCUAUGAUUACAGCACCAGUCGUCCGACCGCUCAGAGGCGGAGGAAAGGCAGGUAUGGGUCGUCCUAGAGGUGGAGGCCAGGCAGGGGGAGGUCAACCAGCUAUUGUUCAGCCAGGCGGAGGAUUUGAGGUAGGUGCAUCUGGCCACCAGUCCGACGUGUAG